AUGCUUGGUUUGACUGAAUCCCAAGUGGCUUCAUUCCUCGAGAAUGGCUAUCUCGUCAUCCCUGACUACCUGAGUCAAGAGGAGAUCGACGCCGUGUUGAACGAGACCAACAAGUUGCUGAAUGAGUUCUCGCUGGAGUCGCAUCCCCUCACGCAGUUUACCACUGGUGAUGAUGAGCAGUCCGAUCACGUGGGUGACGACUACUUUCUGAACUCUGGUGACAAGAUCCGCUAUUUCUUCGAGCCGGACGCUUUUACUUCUGAGCCUGAUCCCUUGACGGGCCGUCCUGCGCUCGUCAAACCAAAGCAUCUUGCUGUCAAUAAAAUUGGCCACUCUUUGCACUCGCUGUCUUCACCUUUCAAGGCGAUCUCUCUCAAUGAGAAAAAUGCCGCUAUCGCCAAAUCUCUCGGCUUCGUUGAUCCGCGCGUACUUCAAAGCAUGGUCAUCUGCAAACAGCCAUCAAUUGGCGGAGCAGUUCCAUCGCACCGCGACUCUGAGUUUCUUUAUACUGAUCCACCGUCUGCUGUUGGAUGGUGGUAUGCUCUGCAGGACUCCGGACCUGGUAACGCGACAUUGGGCAUGUGGAAAGGCUCCCACAAGGGGCGAAAAGGCGGGCACAUCACCCGCCGGUUUGUGAGAAAGGCCGACAACAAGGGAACUGAAUUCAUUGUGAAUGAAAGUUCCUCGUUACCAAAGGGAAUGGAGGAGGACAAGGUUGAGGAACCCACUGAUGAAGAUCUAGAGAUUCUUACAGUGAAAGCUGGGUCUCUUGUUCUCAUUCAUGGAAACGUGCUCCACAAGAGCGAGAAGAACACCAGUCCCCGUAGUCGAUACGCGUACACUUUCCAUGUCAUUGAGGGCGCGGAAGGCUGGGAAUAUGACAAGAGAAACUGGUUGCAGCCCCCCGAGAGUGGCUUCUCGAGAUUGAACCAGUCUUGA